UAGAAUCCAUAAUGAAUUUCGAAGAAUAAAUGAAUCUAUUGAAUGGAAAUUGCAUGUGGUAAAGUUCCUUUCUGUUCAAUAUGCUAUUAUAACAAUAAUAAAUUUAAUACAGUACAAUUUAUCAAUAGUCUAUUAGUGAUUUCUUAAGGGUAUUGUGUUCAGAGAAUGGAUUUAAGGGAAGAAAACACCAAAACUUAGGAUGAUUCAAAUAAUGAUGGGAAAUUAUAGAAGCAGGACUAGCUCACAAAAAAUUCAAAAUAACCUCUAAUAGGAACAGACAUAGAUUAAGGAAAAGUUCAUUUAGAAGAUGAGGAUAGUUCAAGUAGAGUAAAUGGUAUAAAUUUAUUUGAUAAUUUCAUAGGUCAUUGGAGUAAGUCUGAGCAUCAAUUGUAUCUUCAUUUUGUUAAUGAACAUCAAGAUAUUUUGAGGUCUAAAUAUGAUAAGAAAUCAAAAAAAAUCUUUAAAAUGAUGAGCCAAUACAUUAUUACAAGAACAGCCACUUAAUGUAGAUCACAUCAUUAAAAGUUUAAUCCACUUUAAAAAAGUAAGAGAAAAGGAAAAGGCUUUGUACGACCCAUCCCAUCUGUUAUUAUUUAAGAAAAUUGA